AUGAAGGUUCACUUAGCAGCGUUCUGUACUUUUUCUUUUUGCUUCUUCUGUCGAUUGUUUGCUACAGUUUCGGCUGGGGAAGGACUUGCAAAGGGUUUUGGAGAUCACAUUAACUGGCGGACACUAGAAGAUGGGAAAAAGGAGGCAGAAGCAAGUGGAUUGCCUGUCAUGAUAAUCAUUCACAAAUCUUGGUGUGGUGCUUGUAAAGCUUUAAAACCAAAGUUUGCUGAAUCAAAGGAAAUCUCAGAACUUGCCCAUAACUUUGUAAUGGUCAACCUUGAGGAUGAAGACGAACCAAAGGAUGAAGCUUUUAGUCCUGAUGGCGGCUACAUUCCCAGAAUCCUCUUCAUGGAUCCCAGUGGAAAUAUCCAUCCAGAAAUCAUAAAUGAGAGAGGAAACCCAAGUUAUAAGUAUUUCUAUACCAAUGCUGAGCAAGUUAUCCAAGGAAUGAAGGAGGCUGAAGCAAAGCUGACAGGUGAUGCUUUCAAGAAAAAACAUCUUGGAGAUGAAUUAUAAUACAGCAGAGAUGUGUUUUAUAUAAGUUUGAAAUGUAAGAUAAUGACUUUUUAUCCUUCCUAAAUACUUACCAGAAAAGGAAUUGUAGCUACACUGGGAAGACCUUUUCCUCUUGGUAACUUCUUAGAUAAAA